AUGGCUACACAAAUCCAACAAAAUAGAUGCCCACGCUUCAAAUAUCGUACAAAUGGCAACGACAGCGAAAUUCGAAGUGUGGGUUUGUCCUUAUCACCUAUCCCACUCCAGCCUUGCCGCUUGAAAGCGAAUGAAAGAAAACGUGUUCUGCCCAAGGAGAUUAGUCUCAUUAUGCUCCUACUUGCAGUGAAAACAGCAAGUGAGAUCAGCAUGGGUAAACACAUGCUGAGUUUGGAAUUAAUCGCGAAUUCCUACGGCUUUGCCUCUAGCUCCCCCAUAAAUAGCCAAGAACAGAGUAACCCUUACUUCAAUUCGAUACCCUCUGGCAAAUACACAUCUUUUACCGAGCUUUAUUCCGAUGGGAUUUUGACUUCAACCAUGAGCCGGUGUUCCAGCUUCGAUGUUGUCAACAACGAAGACUCUGACGAGCAUGAGGAAGACUCUAAAGCGCGAGAGUCCAUCUUAGAGGAUGAUGACAAGCUUGCAGAGACGCUUUGCAUCCAUCCCCCUCACAAACUCACCGCCAAGCAUCGGAGGUUUGCCUAUGACGAUGCGAUCUGGGAAGGGGUCUUUUCCUGCCUGACCUGGCAAGAGACCCUACGGGUGCGCGAGGUCAGUCGCUUCCACUACCUCCAGUCUUUGCCCUUUGCGUGUUUGACACGGCUGCCCAUUUCGCGCCAGCCCGCUGUCUUCAUACCCUGUCACGAGGACCUCGACAACGACGAGCAGAGGAUCGAGCAGGCGCUGCGUCCCCGCCCCCGCGCAACACGGGGCUGUCGCAUCUUCCUUGGCCAGCUCCGGCGCGCCGGGACGGUGGCGAUGGUGCGGUGGCUGCUGGGUCGCGUCCUGAACGCUCCGAGCGGGACGCUGGUGUCUGUGGAGAACCACCGAAACGCGAUCACCGGGCAAGGGAAGGGGUGUGUGUGGCCGACCAUCCUCGACACCCCUACCGCCCUGCGGUUGCUCCGCGCGAACCACCGCAUGUUGUUCGACAGCGUCGGGGGGGUGGAGGGGAUGUGGGUAAUGCCAGUAAGCGAGGAAAAGGCGCUCAAGACGGAAAUCCAGAGGCGCAAUCGGGAUGAAUACCGACCCAAGCAUCUGCCUCGUGGUACGAUUGUCGUAGAGUUGCCGGUUUCUCUCUCGCAGCCGGUCGAUACAGUCAUUUAUGAGCCUCCGCCGUCGUACGAUGAUUUUCUCAAAAUGCCUGACUCCGCUCUUGGCGACCCCUUUGAUAACAGAAGAGGAGUGAUGUUCUUAAGGCCUGGGGUCUGGCGCCACGAUCCGUAUCAGUGCUCAGUCUUGAAUUAG